GAAGAUUUGACACAGAAAGCCGGUCAUUUCUGAGGAAUUAUUUCAGUGAAGCAGCGUACCCACGGGUGUUACAAGAAUGAAACUUUCAAUUGUCUGCUGUAUACUUGUAUAUUGUAUUGCUGCAGUCUUUGCAGGACGAGAUUUUUAUAAGAUCUUGGGUGUCAGCAAGUCUGCAUCAGUCAAAGACAUCAAGAAAGCCUACAGAAAACUGGCCCUACAACUUCAUCCUGACAGAAAUCAAGAUGACCCAAAUGCCCAGGACAAAUUUGCUGAUCUCGGCGCUGCUUAUGAGGUAUUGUCAGAUGAAGAAAAGAGGAAACAGUAUGAUGCUUAUGGAGAGGAGGGGCUGAAGGAGGGCCAUCACGGUUCUCAUGGAGAUAUCUUCUCUAGUUUCUUUGGUGAUUUUGGGUUCAUGUUUGGAGGACAAAGACAACAACAGGACCGGAAUAUUCCAAGAGGAAAUGACCUCAUUCUAGACCUUGAGGUUACCCUUGAAGAAGUGUAUUCUGGGAACUUUGUCGAGGUUGUGCGAAAUAAGCCAGUAGCCAAAGAAGCACCAGGGAAAAGAAAGUGUAACUGCCGCCAGGAAAUGAGAACCACUCAGCUGGGACCAGGGCGGUUUCAGAUGACUCAGGAAGUUGUCUGUGAUGAGUGCCCAAACAUUAAGCUUGUCAAUGAGGAAAGGACACUGGAGGUAGAGAUUGAACAAGGUGUUAGGGAUGAAAUGGAGUAUCCUUUCAUUGGGGAAGGUGAACCCCACAUUGAUGGAGAGCCAGGCGACCUACGUUUUCGUAUCAAAGUUCUGAAGCAUCCAUUGUUUGAGCGUAGAGGUGAUGACUUGUACACCAAUGUUACCAUCUCUCUUGUGGAAGCACUGGUUGGAUUUGAGAUGGACAUCACACACUUGGACGGCCAUAAAGUCCACAUUGUGAGAGACAAGAUCACCAAGCCUGGGGCUCGAAUUUGGAAGAAAGGAGAGGGACUUCCCAACUAUGACAACAUCAACAUCCGCGGCUCUUUAAUUGUGACCUUUGAUGUAGCGUUUCCACAGGAACAGCUUGAUGACAAUCAGAAAGAAGGGGUGAAGCAUCUGUUGAAACAGCUCCCUUUCCAGAAGGUUUACAAUGGACUACAAGGAUACUGACACCUUAUCAGAUAGCAUCUGGACUAAUUUCCCUAUUCUCUCUCUUCUGAACACACACACACACACACACACACACACACAGACACAGACAGACAGACAUACAAAACAGACAUACAUACAAACACACACCGAGGAUUAAGUGUCGGAGUGUAUUUAUUAUUUUCUUUGGGUCUCAGGAUGGUUUAACUUAAUGUGUCUUUUUUAAUUUUUACUUUGGGUUUGUUUUUUUAGUUUGUUUUAAUGUUUGUUUUCCUACCACAUUGAAUUGGAUUUAUUUUCUUUCCUUUAUAUUAAUUUUAUUUUGUGAUGUCCAAAAUGUCACCAUCAAUACAUAAAAACAAAGUCCUGUUGUAAAUAAUGUAUGAAAAAUUCCCUCUGUAGAUGUUGAGAUUUUUCAUCUCAGACAUAUCCUUGUCAUAUUGUUUAUUUUAAGCCGUCGGUCUUUGCACUCUGUAUGAAUUUUUGCAGAAGGUGGAUUAUCUCUGUGUGUUUUCUUUGGACUAACAAUUUUGUAUGAGGACCUUGCAAAGUUUUAUCCUCCCAUUUUUUGAAUGUAAAGUUAUUGAGAAGGAUUGGAACUCCACACAAUAAUUAUAUUGUCGCUGCCUGGUGAAAUCACACAUUUUUCCACAUUAACAGUUUUCGCUACAGUUGGUAUUCCACUGUCCCAGCUUUUUGAGUCCUUGAGUUUUGACCCAACGAAUACAUUUUUGAAACGUUUGCUGCUCCCCCUCAGUGCUGGGUGGAAGAAACCUGAGAAGCUGGACUUUAACAAUCUCAGAGACUGGAUAAGGAUCAUCACUCUGUCUACUUCCCCAAUGUUUUCCAUAUUCUCUGGAAACCUCCAUCUUGUCCACCUCUACUUGUAGUGGCUGGUUAGCACUCUCUCUGGUGCUCCUGGAAUCCUUUACCAGGGAUCCACGUGACAAGUUGUUUUAAAAAAAAAAAAAAAAAGGAAUAUUUUAGUGGGAAGGGAAAGGUGAUUUUCAAAUGAGAAAUUCAAUUAAAAGUUUAUAGUAACUUUG